AUGUUAAUGCCUCCAACACCCACACAGUUAUUAACCAUUCACCAAGCUGGCCAAACAGCUCCAACAUCAUCUUCGCCAGUUUUGUCUCCACUAACUUCAACAUCACCUCCAGCAACACAAACUGAUCCAUCACUAGCAGAUAAUCCUGAAUAUUUAUCUCAAUUAUUAAAGGAUAAACGACAAUUAGCUGCUGUACCGAAUAUGUUCAUGCAUAUCGAACGAUUGCUUGAUCAAGAAAUUAACAAAGUUCGAGUGAAUCUAUUCAAUCUAAGUACUCGUCCGAAGAUCGAUCUACCUGAACCUAAUGGCGAGAAGAAAAUCUUUCAAGAAAAAGUCUUUAUUCCGGUGCAACAACAUCCUGAAUUCAAUUUCGUUGGCCGAAUUUUGGGUCCACGCGGGAUGACUGCGAAGCAACUUGAAGCGGAUACGGGUUGUAAAAUAAUGGUGCGGGGACGAGGAUCGAUGCGUGAUAAACAAAAAGAAGAUCAAAAUCGUGGUAAAGCCAACUGGGAACAUCUGGACGAAGAAUUACAUGUUUUAAUCCAAUGUGAAGAUCACGAAAAUCGCGCUUUGGUGAAACUUGAACGUGCGAAAGAAGAAAUUAUGAAAUUAUUAAAACCGGCUGCCGAAGGUGAAGAUGAUUUGAAAAAGAAGCAAUUAAUGGAACUAGCGAUUAUCAAUGGAACCUAUCGAGAACCGAACCUGUUUCAGAAAAAAUUACAACAAAUUCAAUUUCCAAAUAACCGCAUGCCAAUUGGCGCCCCGCUGAUAUUGACGCCUCGUAUGCAGCAAAACCUCCUUGCAGCACAAAUUCAAUCAGGUGGGACACCAACUAUGUUUACUACGACCGCCAAUGGACAAGCACAAGCUACAUUAACAGCUGUACCACAAGGUUCACUGAUUCAAACGACAGCGCCGAACGGCGAACAGAACUUCGUUCAAGUCUUCGGGCCUUUGCCAACACUAGAUCAAAUGGGUGGAAUGAUUGCUGGUGGUGCACAAUUAUUCGAAUACCCAACAUCGAUUGAUCCAAGUCAAGCAACUUUUCCAUUUCUAACAGCUGCAGCGACAACUCCAGCAGGUAUCAAAUUUAAUUCUCUCUAUCUCUUGUCAUCCGCUUUCCGAUCGACGCCACGCUCUUGCUGUUAUUGCCACGAUAGGCAUCAUCAUCAUCAGCAGCAGCAUCAGGAUUUUCAACAACAUCAUCAGCCAUUCAAUCAGUCUAUGUACCAAAAAGUUCCUAACUAUGUCAAAAGCUAG